UGUCCGAUAGAGGAAAAUUUUCUCCCCGAUUUUGAUGCCACAAACAAGUGAAUUUCGAGACCUGCUCCCGCUCUAACAGUGAAAAAUAGUGCAAAAGUGAUCUGUAUUUGGUGAAAAGUAGUGGAAAAGUGCGACCCAGUACGUGGGGAACGUUUUGCGAUAGUUUUCGAUUUAGCUCGAGUCUGACAUUACCGGCACAAUGUCAGCUCAGCAGUUUUCUCUCCGGUGGAACAAUUACACCAACUAUAUCACCGGAGCAUUCGACUCACUUCGCUACGAGGAAGAUCUCGUAGAUGUGACAUUGUGUUGCGAAGGGCGCAAGAUACGCGCCCAUAAAAUCCUUCUUUCGGCAUGCAGUGCAUACUUCAAGGAUAUAUUCAAAGAAAACCCUUGUCAACAUCCGGUGAUCAUAUUCAAGAAUGUCAAGUACAGCGAUCUCAUGUCGAUCGUCGAGUUUAUGUAUCAAGGCGAAGUGAGUGUGGUACAAGAAUCCCUGCCGUCAUUCUUGCACACGGCAGAGCUGCUCUCGAUCCGAGGUUUAACGGAUAACAGCGGAGACACGCGACAGCAACAAACCCAACAGGCCACGUCUUCGCUAGCCCAGCAGAUCAUCCAGACACAGAAUCAAAGCUUACUGGAUAAGGCAACGAUUGCGACAGCUGAGUCUGUUUAUCUUACAUUGCCUACCAAUUCCACAAUCGUUCAUCAACCCGCCAAGCUGCUACAAGCUCAAAUUCAAACCACCCCGCAAAUUUUGAACAAAACCAUAAUCAAAACGGCACCUGCUGAAAUGCCAACGUUGACAACCACCACCGGAGCCACGAUCACCGUUCCAAUCUCCCAGCCGCAGCAGCAAACUAUUGCCGCUAAGAUCCAUGUGCAACCGCAGCAAACGGCCACCGUGCAGCAACAGCCGACCCAAACGGUUCAAGUUCAUCAUGUCCAGACCCAGCAGCAGCAAACCCAGCCACAGCAACAGCAAACUCAAGCAACCACCCUGCAGGAGGUAGUGGAGAGCGUCGUCAAUCAACCGAAAAAGAAGAAAAUCAAAGUGCAACAAAUCAUAACGUCAACGCCGAAUCAAUCUAUCAGUGGUGGAACUACGACCGUCGUUACGACUCAGGUACCCCAGGGUGCGGCAGCGCAGUCAGCAGCGGACACGGAAAUUUACGAAACGUCAACGGAAACCUAUCACAUCACCACGGCCAAAUCGGAAGGCGAAGAUCAGCGGGCACAGCAGCAAGAACAAGUUGAAUCCUACGCCGAAUCGGCGCAGGCCACCGGCGCUUCUUUGAAAAUGGAAAUCCCAGAAUACAUCGACUGUGGCGAAGCAAUAAACAACUCAAAUGCGAACAACACGUCCUACAUUCAAGAGGAAAGCUACGAACUGGUUGGCGAAGCAGAACACAUCGAAAAAGAUGUGGGCGAUGAAGACAUGGAUCAGGACGGUAUCGAAAUGGAAGCCUCGGAUAUGGAUAUGAGUCGCAUUUUCCAAGGAGCAUCUGACGAAGCAAAGGCCAACAUACUUCAAGGAUCGAAUCUUUCCGACAACAAGCAACUGCACACUUGUUCGGAAUGCCACCGGCAGUUCUGCUCGAUGAAUGCGAUGAAACGACACAAACUGGCCAAACACAGUGAGCACAAGGUUUCCUACAGCUGUGUGAUGUGCAACGCGGUGUUCAAAACGAAAUGGUCCCUCUCGACGCACAAGAGCAAGUACCACCGCGACAAAGUGAUGGUUAUUCCUAUGGCCAAGGCAGAUCCCGAGUGCGACAGUACACCUUCCACCCCUACCGCCAUAAUGAGCACCACAGCGGGGAGUGGCGGCGGUUCGACGACGCAAACCAUUACGGUUCGCAAGCUCGGCCAAGCCACAGUCACACCGACGAGCGUUGCCCGGAAGGCCAUUCAAAUUGCGACACCCGGCGACGGCAGCGGCACUCCAUGAGGAAGAGUGAAUCCGGUGGCGAUUGCUGCUUCGUCAGGCAAGAAGCCGGCGACGAAGCAGCUUCAACCGGAUGCGAAAAAGUUGACUAAGACCUCCCACCCAUCGGACUCUUAAAUUGAUGGAAAAUAAUUUGUAUUUUACGGUCGCACUUUGUAAAUUAGCAUAGUUUAUCUUUUUAGUAUUUCUCGACAAAGCAUAAGAUCAUUAGAUUGAUAGAUUAUAGAAUAGGUUUGCACACUCUCAAUUAGUUCUUGUCUUAAGUUCAAAUAUCAAGCUUUCAAAAUCUAUGCAAGAUACGUUAUGAAACGUAAAUUUAAAUAUAUGUAAAUUCCUGCAAAUCCCGUAUUGCACUACUAGGUGUAUUUCCAGUAGUGCGUGGCAGGGUCGACUUAUGAAAUUGUGAAAUAUUUUAGUCGUCGAUAUAAAACGUAUCUGAAUACAAUUGAAUGUAUUUUAAGGAUCAUGACUGUAGAACAAUAUGCUGCGAAUAAAAACCUUGUUAGUAAGUGUA